AUAAAAAUUAAACUAAAAUGUCAUACAACUACAUCCAAGAAGAAGACGACGAUGGCUACAUGCCUAUUUCUUCAAAAAAGUCAGAAAAAGAUAAAAAGCAACCAGAUAGAGAAGAACAGAAUAGUGAUUACUCAAAGGAUCCUUCCUCUCCUGCUGAACCUGCUAGAAACUUUAUUACCUCAGAUAAUCAGAAAGGGUAUCCUUCGGAUGUUCCUACUGGUGUUCCUGUGGGUGUUCCUAUCACUCCCGGUGCUCAACAAGAAGAAACAAAGAACGCACAAUCUACCUCUCAGCAACAAGAAAUUGCUGAGUUAAAACAAAUGAUUAAAGAUAUGAAGACUGAAGACCAGGUGAAUAGAAGAGAAGACUUAAGAGAAGCAAGAAGAGAUAUGAGGAGAGAGCAAAGAGAAAGGGAUGUUAAUGAAGCGGCCUGACUCUGUUGUACUGCGUGUUGUCUGGGGUUAUUUGCAGGAGCACUGUCAGGUGGUAAUUAAAGAAGAGAUUUUGGAGGCGGGAUUCAGUGAAAGGGGUUGUGGAUACAAUAUAUUUAUCAAUAAGGAAUUAUAUCCCAACUAACUGUGUUACUUUUCCCUUACAUAAAAUUUGC